CACAUAAUCCAUGUCGACUUUUCCAAUAUCUAUGUCUAAGUCGAGACCAUUGAGACGUCUGUCGUGCAAUCUUUGGAAAAAAUAACAAACACAGUUUUUGUUUAUUUAUAAUUAAUUAAUUUACAUCAAAAUCACUAAGCAACGACAUGUGAUGUGGUGAGGAGCACGAGGAGUUUUCGCCUAAUAGAUUGAGUAGAGUUUAAAGAAACAAGAAAAUAAAACAUAAAAACAAUGCCCCUUAAACCUGAUUCUGAUGAUGACCAAUUAUCUACUAUAAACAAACAAAUAUUUGAAAUAAAAAAGAAAAUACAACUGUCAGAGGGUCAAAGGAAAGCAUAUUUUGAAGAACGUGAUUUAGAGAAAAAGGAAAAUACAGAGAAAAUAAGGAAUCUAAAAAAAGAAAUACGUGAACUGUACGUGCAGCUUGGAACAUUCCCGAAGCUGGAUGAUGACAUCUUCAAGAUGGUGAAGAAACCUUCAAAAGACAUAGUUGCUUUGAAAAAUAAAAAUAUUGAUGAAUUGGUCUGUUUAUUAGAUUACAAAGUUAUAGACUUGAAGAAAAAGUUGGACCUCAUCCACCACCAGUCGAAACAAUGUCAGCACAGGAUAAAAGUACUGGCAGAUGAAUACCACACACUGUUGCAGAAGAAAUCUCAGCAGCAGUUGUUCGAGAAAACACGAAUGCCAGAUGUUCAGCAAGUGUGCUCGCUGGAGAAUCAGAUACACCACGUGGAGAUGAACAUGAUGGAGGCGGAGCACAUUCGCAAGAAGUACCGCGCCAUCAGGACCAGCUUGCUGGAGGAUGGCGUGGCUUUCGAGAGCUGCCUGCGCGGGUUGGAGCACAGCAUCCAGCGACAGGACGUCGAGAUCCAGCAUCUGGAGAAAAUAAAUAAUGAAGCACUGGACUUGCGAGAUGUGACGAAGAGUACCCUCUCCAAACAGGAGAUGAGUGCUCUGAACGCGGGGAGAGCGAGAGAGAGGCAGCUUCAAGACUUCAGGCUGCGGGUGGAGGAGCGCAGACAGGAGCUGGAGCGGCUGGAGCGACGCAUCUUCCCCGCGGGCCGUCCCAUGAUGCACCACGACUCGGGCAGCUCGCACAGUGGCUCCCGCCCGGGCACGGAGCAGGCCGACCGGCUCACGGACGAGCUUGAGAACGCCUUCAUCCUGCUGAAGGAGGCGACAGGAGAGACGGAGACGGAGCAGGUGCUGCGCAGGUUCCUGUCGCAGCGCGAGACCCACACACGGCUCUCCUACCUCAAGAACAUCACGGAGCAGGAGAAGCUCCGGCUCGAGAAGCGCCGGGAGUACAUGAUGGCUGAUCUCGAGGCCUUCAAGUUCGCGGAGGUCAAAGACAAGGAGCAGAGCAUUAUGGAAAUGGAGAUCCUGAAAAAGCAAAUAGAGGAAGAGAGGCAAAAUAAAGCUGCAAUUGAUAAUGCAGCUCAAAAAAUUACAGGAAAGCUAUCCGAGAUACGAAUCAUACUAUACUCAUUCUGCAAGAAGCUGCAGGAGAUCGAGGGUAUGCCAACAAUUCAAGAAUCCAACGAUCCGCAAUCCACCUACGAGUUGAUGGAGUUUCUGGAGAAAAUCAUCAGGCGGGCCCUCGAACUUAUCGGACCCGACGAAGACUUGGACCAGAAAAUUGCUUCGUUAGAGAAAAAUAUGCUGCUGCCGCAGGGGAGGGUGAUGGAGGAUGCACUGGGGGCGCCUCGCGUGCCAUCCGUCCAGAAGACCGAGCAGAAGCCCACGGCAGUGUCGGAGACCGAUGACGAGGACGAAAUACCAACCAGGACCUUCCUCAAACGACAAGCGCAGUUGAUAGUCGACGCAAAGUCACGCCGCAAGCAGUUCCCGCACCUCAUGCGCAAUAGGAAGAUGAGAUAAAAAUGUACUCAAAUCCAAUAUCUGUGUUUGUGUUUAAAAGCAAGUAUUAUUCUUGUUUUUGCUGUGCUGCUCCUUAGGUAGAUUUUGAAGAAAGACUACCUGAUGCCAUUACUAUGGUGUGACUUCCGGAAAAUUUUUAUAGUUUUUUUUAAUGGUCCCUAGACCCCAAAACUGUCACAGGUAAAAAAAUCUGUACAUUUGGUGAAAUGAUGUAAAAACUAUUGGAAAUGGUUGUUUACAUUAUUGUGAACUAUAAAUAUAAUUAUUAAAAUUUUGGUCUGUUUGUUCCAACAGCAAUCUAAAACUA